AUGUGCUUUACAGCUGUAGGAUUUGGAAUGGAUCCUGACUUACAAAUUGAUAUCAUCACAGAGCUGGAUCUUGUGAAUACAACCCUUGGGGUAACACAAGUGUCAGGACUACACAAUGCCAGCAAAGCAUUUUUAUUCCAAGAUAUAGAAAGAGAAAUCCAUGCAGCGCCCCAUGUGAGUGAGAAGUUAAUUCAGCUCUUCCGGAAUAAAAGUGAGUUCACGUUUCUGGCCACUCUGCAACAGAAGGCAUUGACUUCUGGAGUUAUACUGUCCAUCCGAGACCUAGAGCACAGCUAUUUUGAACUGGAGAGCAGUGGCCUACGGGAUGAAAUUAGAUAUCACUACAGGUUUAAUGGGAAGUCAAGAACAGAGGUGUUCCCGUACCAUCUGGCAGACGGACAGUGGCAUAAGAUUGCUGUGUCACUUAGUGCAUCCCACCUUCUGCUGCAUGUGGACUGCAACAGGAUUUAUGAACGCAUCAUUGAUCCCCCAGAAACGAAUUUGACACCGGAAAGCAAUUUGUGGCUUGGACAGAGAAACAGGAAGCAUGGUUUCUUUAAGGGUGUUAUUCAAGAUGUGAAAGUCAUCUUUAUACCUAAUGGAUAUAUAACGCAGUGUCCUAAUCUGAAUCGCACGUGCCCGACCUGCAGUGAUUUCCUGAGUCUGGUGCAAGGAAUCAUGGACUUGCAAGAACUCCUGGCAAAAAUGACUGCAAAAUUAAAUUAUGCAGAAACAAGACUGAGUCAAUUGGAAGACUGUCAUUGUGAGAAGACUUGUCAAGUAAAUGGAUUGAUCUAUAGAGACAAAGACUCAUGGGUUGAAGAUGAUCACUGCAGGAAUUGCACGUGCAAAAGUGGAGUUGUGGAGUGCCGAAGGAUGUCCUGUCCCCCUCUCAAUUGCCCUCUUGAUGCUCUCCCAGUGCAUGUGGAGAGUCAGUGCUGCAAAAUAUGCAAGGCAAAGUGUAUCUAUGGAGGCAAAGUGCUAGCAGAAGGUCAACGAGUAUUAACCAAGAGCUGCAGGGAAUGUCGAAAUGGAGUCUUAGUAAAAGUAACAGAGACUUGUCCGCCAUUGAACUGCUCAGAAAAAGACUACGUUCUUCCAGAGAACCAAUGUUGCAGUGUUUGUAGAGGCCACAACUUCUGUGCAGAGGGACACAGAUGUGGUGAAAAUUCAGAGUGCAAAAACUGGAACACCAAAGCUACUUGUGAAUGCAAGAACGGUUAUCUCUCUGUCCAAGGGGAUUCUGCGUAUUGUGAAGAUAUUGAUGAGUGUGCUGCCAAGAUGCAUUAUUGUCAUGCCAAUACUGUCUGUGUUAACUUGCCUGGAUCCUAUCGUUGUGACUGUGUCAUGGGAUAUGUCCGUGUGGAUGAUUUCUCCUGUACAG